AUGCCACCACCGCCACCUCACUAUGCAGAUUUGGGAAACGAUAUAAGCAGCAGUGGUUAUGGUAGUAUGAUGACCGGAACCGGAUCAAACAAUCAUCUUUUCUCUGUUAAUAUGGGCACUGACCUCGAAUUUUCGCCUCAAGUGAAUGCUUCUGAUUUAUCAUCGCCAUCAUGCAGCGAGUAG